AUGAUCAUCACAUGUUUUUUGGACGAAGAAGCAUUCCCAUAUAUCUUCAAUCCAUUCUUAGGGGCUCGGAUUCAACUUCCACUUUUUUGGGUUGAUUGCAAAACAAGCCGUGAUUGCUUCUUUGUCAGGGAAAUCAAGAAAGUUGUAUUGACAUCGGACCCAAUUCACAGUAAGAAAAACUUUUGGGUUGUAGUAAUUUAUGGUGAUUCAAAGCUUGCCUUUUGGAAGUGUGGAGAUGGUCAAUGGACUGCCCUCCAUGGUGCACAUCAAGCCUACUGUGACAUCAUAUCCCACAAUAAUCAUAUUAUUGCUUUGGGUGAAACAGGUUCAGUUGAAAUAUGGGAUUUCAAUGAUUCUGCCCCUGUAAAAAAGAUGGACAUUCAGCCUAUUUUUCCUGAGAAAAAGGUGGAAUUUGAAAAUUCUCUUGGAGAUGAUCUUUAUACAAUUCAGAGUUACGUGGUGGAAUCAAAUGGUGAACUUAUGCUUAUUAUGAGGUAUAUUGGGAAUCAUGUUCGUUGGGACGGUGUAGCCGUUCAUGAGGCAGAUCUUCUUGACGAAGAGAACCAAUGCUGGAUUUGUCCUCACUUGACCAAGCAAUUUCAUGUUUACAAGCUAGAUUUCAGUCCCAAAAAAUGGGUAGAACUGGAAGCAUUAGGCGAUGAUCGCGUGCUGUUUUUGGGUCGGAAUCAAUCCGUGUCAUAUUCAGUAAAUGGUUUUCCAUUCUGUAAAGGGAAUUCGAUUUAUUUCACGGACAAUUACUAUUGUGAUCAUUUGGGUGAGAAUGACAUGUAUGGGCAUGACACGGGCAGGUUUGACAUGGAGAAUCAGAGUAUAGAAGUGAUUAAUGAAGAUGAAGAUGAUUAG